ACAUAUAUUUUAACUAGAUAAACACAAUUUACACUUAAAUGGUCAAUAGUCAAUUAAAAUUUUACCGUGAACGGAGUUACUUUCCACAUAUCAAAGAGCUACACCGUACAGUUUUCUUCACCGGAAAUGGCAUUUCGUAGGGUUUUACUCUCUCACCUCCGCCGAUCUCACCACACUUGCUCCUCUCUCUCUCCUCACCAUGUCUCCGCCACAACCCAACCUUCAAUCGCGCUCGCUCUUUUCCAAUCCCGCUUCUUUUCCACUCCAUCUGACCUAGAUUCUGAGCUAACUCGAUUCAGAGACGAUUCAAUCGCUGGCGUUGGAAGCAAUGAUCAUGGCUUAGAGUUCGACGAUUCAAUCGCUAGCUUGGGAAGCAAUGGUCAUGGCUUAGAGUUCGGCGAUUCAAUCGGUAGCUUGGGAAGCAAUGGUUAUGGAUUAGAGUUCGGUGACUUGAGCCAGGAUUUGUCAAACUAUGAUUACUUGACUCAACCUGUGAUCUCGUUGCUUGAUUCAUACCAUGACAUCACUGGAUUGCCUUGAUGAAUUGGUCAGGUGGGUGGUUAUUGCUACGUCUACUGUGGCAUUUAGAACGGCUUUGCUUCCUAUACUGAUUUUGCAACGGAAGCAAACUAAAAGGAUCUCACAGUUCUUACCUAAGCUACCGCAUUUCUGGCCUCCACAAGGUUCAGGAAGGAGUGUUCUUGAUCAAUUGAAGCUUUUUCGGAAGGAAAGAAAAGAUAUCGGGUGCCCUUCGUUUUUGUGGGUUCCUGCUUAUUUCUCCAUCCAGAUUUCAUGUUUUUUCUUGUGGAUAACUAGCAUCAGAAGAAUGUCACUUGAUCAUCAUCCUGGAUUUGAUUCGGGUGGAGCUUUAUGGUUUCAGAAUUUGACCGAAAUUCCCAAUGGUCUUUAUGGUCCACUUUUCCCCUUUUUAAUAGCUGGUUUGCAUUACACAAACACACAGAUAACUUUUACAGCAUCCUCAGUUCACAAAGUUGAUAAAUUCACGGAAUUGGCAAAAGCUUACAAGACAUUUCUGAAUCUUUUGACAUGUGCUCUGUAUUUCCUUUCAUUCCAAAUGCCUCAGGGAAGUCUACUCUACUGGGCUACCAAUUUGUCAUUCAGCAUUGCUCAGCAAUCAAUCCUUAACCAUCCCGUUGUAAGUGCAAAGUUGGGCCUACAAGCAAAUGACUCUGUACAGAAAGAAGCUGGCAAUCCUAUAUUAACAAAUAUAAAUGAAGGGAAACUCACUGAUCCAUCCUCGAAAGGACGGUUGAUCUCAGUGCAUAACUUAACCCCUAAGGAGUUGGUUGCUCUUUCUGCUAAAUACUUAUCCGGAGGGCACAAGGAUAAAUCAAUUCCGCUAUUAAGAUUGGCAUUAGAAAAGGAUCCUGAAUACCUUCAAGCUAUGAUUAUUCUUGGACAGGCUUUAUAUCAGAAAGACCAGUUCGCGGAAGCUGCAAAAUGCUUAGAGCAGGCUGCUUCAAAGCUUCUUGAUACCAGUCCAACCGAAGUUGAAGAAGUCGAUCUUUUAAUUGUUGCAUCCCAAUGGGCAGGUGUCUCCAAUAUACGUCAGGGGAAGACAUCAGAAGGAAUCACACACCUUGAAAGAGUAGCAAACAUGAAAGAGCCCGACGAUCCUAAGAGCAAAGCUCAUUACUUGGAUGCAUUGGUACUCUACUCAAGUGCGAUAUUCAACGAAGGAAGGAGAGAGGAAGCAGCAAAGUAUUUGAGAAGAGUGGUGGCUUAUGAUCCUUCCUUCAGUGAAUUGUUGAAACAAUGCGAAGAAGAUGAUACCAUUCCCACUUCUUCUUCAUCUAAUUCUACCAGCAAAACUUCAUAAGUUUUUUAAUUUUUUUUCGUAUUGGUAUCUUUCUUCCAUCCUUUACUGAUUUUCUCUUGGGGUUGCACCAUUUUCUUCUUUUUUUGGUUAAAUCGUGUGGAUAGAUUAUUUUCUUUUACUAUAUUUGUAAUAAGAAUGUAUACGGAUAUGAUUAUACAAGAGAAGAAAAGCAGAUAGACAUAUUUACUUUCAAAAUGUAAAACGGCUUGAUACACACAUUAAGAUUUCCACAUGCUUUGGACUUG